CAAACAAGAGAGGGUCAUGGCAGCAGAGAAAGGAUCCCCAGCAGUGGUGGGCUUACUGGUCUUUGGAAACAUCAUCAUCCUGCUGUCAGGCCUGGCACUGUUUGCGGAGACUGUCUGGGUGACGGCCGAUCAGUACCGGGUCUACCCUCUGCUUGGGGUCUCUGGCAAGGAUGACGUCUUCGCGGGGGCGUGGAUCGCCAUUUUCACCGGCUUCUCCCUCUUCGUGGUUGCCAGCUUUGGAAUAGGAGCGGUGCUGUGCUAUAGCCGAGGAAUGCUUCUUACGUACCUGGUAUUAAUGCUGAUUGUCUAUGUGUUUGAAUGUGCCUCCUGCAUCACAUCAUAUACCCACAGAGACUAUAUGGUAUCCAACCCAGCACUUAUCACCAAGCAGAUGCUCACAUACUACAAUGCCCCCACGAGCCAGGGCCGGGAACUGACUCGUUUCUGGAACCGAGUCAUGAUUGAGCAACAAUGCUGUGGUACCUCAGGGCCCCUAGACUGGGUGAGCUUCACAUCAGCCUUCCGAAAGGCCAUCUCAGAGGCGGAGUUUCCUUGGCCUCCACUCUGUUGCCGUAGGGAUGCCAACUUCAACCCUCUCAGCGAGGAGGGAUGUAAGCUUGGUUACCAAGACUACCUCUUCACCAAGGGCUGCUUUGACCAUAUUGGCCAUGCCAUUGAUAGCUACACCUGGGGCAUCUCUUGGUUUGGAUUCGCAAUCCUUAUGUGGACGCUGCCUGUGAUGUUAUUGGCCAUGUACUACUAUACGAUACUCUGAGACCCUCAAGGAAGCGGUCCCCCUUCCCCAGAAGCAGUUUCUCCUCCUGCUGGGCCCACCCUUGCCCUACUGGUGGUUUUGUGGGCCCUUUGGAAAGAGCGCUCCACCCAGACCCUCAAGUAUUUGCUCUUCCUAAUUUUCUUCCCUUUCUCGCCAAAAUAACUCACCCUUCUUCCUUCUUCCUGAUACUAUUGUAUUCCUUUUCUUCCUCCAUCCCCAGACAUCCCCAGU